ACAAAUGUGAGUUUUGAUCAUCUUUCCCCAAAUUACCAUAUAUAUAUAUAUAUAUAAUUCUGAUUGCUUUUGUGAUUGUAGUGCAUUAAUUACUACAUUGCGACAGGAGUGAUGGCAGGAACAAGCGAUCCACAGAUGGCUGUUCCUGCAAAUCCUGUGGCAGUAAUAGGUUCACAGCUUUGUGUUCCAUACCCUUCUGAUCUCAACAUCGUGAAAAAAGUCAUGACAUUAAAAGAUGGUGCAUUUCAAGUUGUUGAUGCUAAUGGAAAUGCUUUGUUUAAAGUCAAAGGCCAAGUCUUUAGCUUACGUGAACGUCGAGUCUUGGUUGAUGGUUCUGGCAAUCCUCUCGUAACUUUCCAACAAAAGCUAUUGAGUGCUCAUAAUAGAUGGCAAGCGUUUCGAGGAGAGAGUACGAACGCUAAAGAUUUGCUCUUUAGUGUCAAGAAAUCUGCACUUUUACAAUUAAAAACCAAGUUAGAUGUAUAUCUGGCUGCUAACACGAAAGAAGAAGUUUGUGAUUUCAAAAUUGAAGGCAGCUGGCUUGACAAAUCUUGCGCUAUUUAUGCUGCUAAUUCUACCAAAAUCGCCCAGAUGCACAAGAAACUCACUGCAGAAAGUAUGCUACUUGGCAAAGAUAAUUUUGGUGUGUCUGUGAGUGAAAACAUAGAUCAUGCGUUCAUAGUUGCUCUUAUUGUGAUUCUUGACGAGAUUAACGAAAAUGAUUGAGAUUAUGUCAAGAAUUUACAACAUCUAAUUUUUGUAUACUAUUUCCAUCUUUUUGUCAAUUUAAGAAGUAUGUUGUACUCUUUGUUUUUAGGCAGAAUAUCCUAAUAGACACCCGUAUUUGUUUCUA